AUGACUCGCCCCGCGGAGUCAGCUAUGCCAGCUAUAGCCUCCCAAGGUCAGCUCCCCACACUGGACCCGGCAUACUAUUCGGAAGACUCCAUGCGACAAUGGCUACGUACCAAAGCAGAGGAAGAUAGGAGACGGCAGGAAGAGGAGCGUACUCGUCAAGAAAGUUUGAAGCUAGAACAACGACGGAUUGAGCAAAGCAUGCUCCGCGAUGCUUUUCAAGCCGGUGUUCCCCCUCAGAUGGUGCCUUUAAUAUUCGUGGGAAUUGGCGGGGGGAAUCUCAAUCUGUCACCAGAUGUGACUCAGCAGAUUGAUUCGAGUAUCCAGCAGGUGCAAUCAUGGCAACAGCAAAAUCGUGUGCAUACAAGUCAGCAACAAUCUGUCCCUACUCAGAUACCUUCUCGUAUUCCGCCGCCUGGCUCAGAGCCGUCACAACCUCUGCCACCGGAUAUUCGCCGAGAUAACAAUAGAGCUAUCCCGCCGAAUCCUUAUGCGUCUCAGCCAGCACCAAGUCGAACUACAUCUCCACCACAGCCCGUGCCUGCAUCUCCCACUCAGACACAACUAUACCGUGGGUCGUUACAAUCAGCUCGGCUGCAUUCUUUCGGGGACCCGCAGCCUCACCAGUCGUCCAUGCCACGUCUGAAUACAAGUGAAAUACAAUUCUCACAUUCAUCACAUAUCAUAAGCACCGCUCAACCUCAACCCGGCGCAGGCUCUGCAUAUGCCCCAGUUCCUGCUUCUGUUCCACCCCCAGCUACAAGCAAGCCUGAGACGCAAUCCACUCAGUCUCCAUCUAUCUAUUUCCAUCAUUGGGUUCCACCGAGUCAAUCACAACCAAGCACGCCGUCCACCAGAGGACGGCAAGAAUCAUCUUCGCGAUCUCAGGGCCAGGGUGAGACUCAUACUUCUCCUGGUCGAAAACGAAAAGCCGCCGGCUCACAUCCACCGCCUCCUCCACCUGCAUCGCAGCAGGAACAACCUUCACCAGCAUUCUCACAUGCCUCGCAUCGACGUGGCUCCUCAACACGGAUGGGGGGCAGCGCAAGCCACUUUCGUCGACAGAGUGACCUGAGCCAUGGUUCUCGACAGGAGCACUCCGAAUCAGAUUCGGACAAUUUCUCGCGUUUUAGACCAGGUCGUGAGUCAAUUCUGAACCCAAUUCAACCGAGUUCAAGGAGAACGAGCUCAGAUGCACCGCCGGGUCAGCCACCAGGCCGAUAA